AUGUCUAUUACAGAUAGUGUCUCUAGGAUUGCCCAUGGUGUCAAGAAACUUGCAAAAGCUUCUAAGAAGAUUGCAGGUGAAAAAGCAAAAAAAGCCAUUGUUUCGGUUAUAAAGACAAUUAAUGAUCAGCCACAAAAGUCUAAAAAUAAAAAUAAAAAGCAUAAAAAAGAUAAUAAAUAA